UUCACUAAAACCUACAAUCUACAUACUACUACUUAACUGCAGACUUUUAAUAAUUAAAACCCCACAAUAGUAAUCAAAUUUGACAUUGUUAGUUUCUCUUCAGUCAAACGAACAUCAUCAAAUAAGAAAUACUCCAUCUAAGAAUAUAUCCACUUCAAAUAAUAUCAGCACAACAGCAUAAGUCCUCAUGCUCAUCACACUAUCUGGUCAACCAUUUUUUCCAUCAGAGGUGUGGGUACCCAAAAUGCCCUUUGAUGAAUCUUUAGAGUAUCUGACCCCAUCCUUGAGUAACUGUAGGAAUGCUCUGAAAAGGAAGUAGAAGAAUCAGGCUGUUUCAUGUUAGUCUGUUUUAGGCUGUUCAUUAUUGUCAUUAAUUAAAUCUUAUGCUCUCGUUUAUUAUCAAUAUCUUGUUCUCUUAGUCCAUCUAGUAUUUUUUCAUGUGGUAAUGUUUUAUCUUGUUUUGUAUCUAGUAAAGUUUCCUGAAGGAAUAUGAUAUCUCAAGGUAUGAAGAUUAGCUUUACUAGCCCUUAAGUGUCUUUGGCAGAAUGUCUAAUUCUUAAUUUCAGAAUCAUCUUUAUGUUUAAAAAAGAUUGGUAAGAAUGAAUGUAUUGGUGUUGUGUCCAUCACAAUCCACACUCAUGUUUUCACAUUGGUUGUCUCUACCCAGACCAUUCUCCCAAGGACAUGAGAAAUCACACAGAGCUGAGUGAGUUCAUUCUGCUGGGAAUACCUCAGACCAAGGGACUGGAGGCUGUGCUCUUUGUCAUCUUCUUGUUCAUCUACCUCUUCACUUUGCUUGGCAAUUUACUCAUCCUGAUGGCCAUUGUUUCUUCCUCUACUCUUCACACCCCCAUGUAUUUCUUCUUGGGAUUCCUAUCUAUUUUUGACAUAUUUUUCCCUUCUGUAACUUGUCCCAAGAUGCUUUUCUAUCUCUAUGGUCAGAGCCAAGCCAUCUCUUAUAAGGGGUAUGUUGCACAGCUCUUCUUUUAUCACUUCCUGGGUUGUAUGGAAGGCUGCCUCUACUCUGUGAUGGCAUACGAUCGCUUUGUGGACAUCUGUCACCCACUGAGGUAUAUGCUUAUCAUGAAACCUAGGGUCUGUGUGGGUUUGGCCAUGGGGUCCUGGUUGGUGGGUUGUUUUGAUGCCACCAUACUGACCUUCUUCACUUUUCAUUUAACCUACUGUGGUGCCAAUCAGGUGGACUACUUCUUCUGUGACAUUCCUGCUGUCUUACCCCUGGCUUGUGUUGAUAGCUCCCUGGCCCAGAGGGUGGGUUUCACUAAUGUUGGCCUUCUGGCUCUAACGCUUUUCCUCAGUAUUUGUGUCUCCUACACUCGCAUUGGCAUUGCCAUCCUGAGGAUCUGUUUAGCGGAAGGGAGGUAGAAAGCUUUCUCCACCUGCAGUGCCCACCUCACUGCAAUACUCUGUGCCUAUGGACCUGUAAUCAUCAUCUAUCUGCAGCCCACACCCAAACCCUUGCUUGGUGCUAUGGUGCAAAUAUUAAACAAUCUUGUGUCACCCAUGCUGAACUCAUUUAUCUAUUCCUUAAGGAACAAGGAAGUGAAAAGGUCCCUGAAAAGGGUGUUUCAUAAUGUAGCAUUUACUGUCCUGGAAUAA